CUUAUAGAAGGUGUUUAAUUUUUUUUCAACUCCCGCGUCUAGGUUAAGGGUUUUUAAAACAUACUUCAUCAAAAAAGCUUAGGGUUUUGAAACAAGACAAAGAGCCGCCCGUCGACUGAUGUAAGGUUUCACGCAGCGAGGAAGCCUCCCAAGUCCGGACGAUGCAACUCCCCCAUUUUCACAUCUCGCCAUUAUCCCACCUCCACGGUUUCUUGAUUUGGGCCUUUCAUCUCCUUCGCUCGGCGCUCGGGACUCGUUUUUCCAACCGCAUCGGAGGCUCGUGAGCAGAGCACUGAAAUGAAGGUCUUCGUCAACACCAGGAGCGGCAGAGAGCUCAUCAAGGGCGGACUUGACCUCAGUGAUUUUGCUACAGUUUCUGAUCUGCAGGAGCAAAUUCAUAGACGGACCAAGAAAUACUAUUCAUCCAGACAGAGAGUUGCUCUCCCUCUCGCGCGCGGCUCUACUCAGAAGCCAACUGUUCUUCACUAUCAAAAGAGUCUAAAAGAGUAUACUGAUGGGAACACAAAUGAGCUUACUGUAGUUUUCAAGGAUCUGGGACCACAAGUCAAAUACAGCACUCUCUUCUUCUGGGAGUACUAAAUACCCCCGAAGGUGGGUAAUCAUUCCUUUAAAAAAGAAGAUACAACUACGACAUUAUGCCCACGAUGAAAUAGUCAUUUUUUUAUUAGAGAUUACAAUUGCAAUAAGUUUAUACUAGUAUUUGAACAGGUUCUUUGAGCUUUUCAAGUGUAAUGCUUGAGUUGUACAGAAUUGGGUCAGGGCGGCUUACAUAUUACUCAUUAAUUUCUAGACUAUAUAUUUUUAGUAUGAAUUAGAAAUUUUUAUUAUGUAGCAAAUUUAAAUAAAAACAUUACAUUUAAA